GCAGCAGCAACAUUCCACGACUUACCGCACACCUUGUGGGCAAAGUUGUGAUGAAAAGAAAGUUAAUGGAAAACAGCACGGCCGAUGAAAACGCCAACAGUGGCGAACAAGUGUCCGUGAACGCCGUAGAGCCGAUGCUGGUCGACAGCCACAGGACAUCCACCACGGAAGUCACCGACGUUAGCACCGACACCGACCAUGACGCCAACGGCGCCGACCGCUCUCGAGAAGGGCAGCAGCAGCAGAGGGGACAGGGGCAAGAGGUCGAGGAGGACCCGAGUCAACGCUGGAGAGCGCUCGAGAAGCUCGUCUCUCGACCCUCGCCGUUCGGCAACGAGACCGGUCAGCUUGCUGUGGGAGAAUUCGAACCGUUCGAAAAUAUGGCGGAGUUGCUGGAGGAGGAGCUCAAGGUUCUCGUCAUUGGCGCCGGUGGCUUGGGCUGCGAACUGCUCAAGGACCUCGCCCUCUCUGCCAUCACCGAUAUCACCGUCAUCGACAUGGACUCGAUCGAUGUCUCCAACCUCAAUAGGCAGUUUCUGUUCCGACAGAAGGACGUCGGGCGCCCGAAAGCGACGGUUGCAGCAGAGGCUAUCAUGGCGAGGGUGAAGGGCUGCAAGGUGGAGGCUCACCAUGCCAAGAUUCAGGACUUCGACGCGGACUUCUACCGAGAAUUCCGGGUGGUCAUCUCCGGCCUUGACAAUGUGGAGGCUCGGCGAUGGCUGAACUCGAUGCUCUGCUCCCUGGUAGAGCUGGACGAUGACGGCAACGUCUCCGACCCUACGACGAUCAUCCCUCUCAUCGACGGGGGCACUGAGGGCUUCAAGGGCCAGGCCAGGGUCAUACUUCCGCAGGUGACUUCCUGCUUCGAGUGCUCACUGGAUAUGUUCCCUCCCCAGAAGGUGUUCCCGAUGUGCACCAUCGCCGAGACUCCCCGCAUGCCGGAGCACUGCAUCAGCUACGCGAUGCUUCUUCUUUGGCCGAAGGAGUUCCCAGACAAGAAGCUGGACAACGACGACCCCCAGCACAUGAAGUGGGUGUGCGAGCAGGCGAAGGAGAGAGCGGAGGCCCAUGGCAUCGCCGGUGUCACGUACGAGCUGACGCUUGGGGUUGUGAAGAAUAUCAUCCCUGCGGUGGCUAGCACCAACGCCAUCAUCGCUGCCUCUUGCACCAACGAGGCCGUCAAGAUCCUCACGGGCGCGGGGCAGACCAUGAACACCUACAUGAUGUACAACGGCAUGGAGGGCACGCACGGCUCCACCAUGGUCGUAGACAAGAAGGAGGACUGCCUGGUGUGUGGGACAAGUCAGCGUACGGUGGAAGUGAAGCCCAGCAGCACACUCGCCGACCUCGUGGAGACACUUGGGCUGAAGGACCCUUCCCUGACGCGACCGGGGCUGGUGUUGUACAUGCCCAAACCACCCGCCCUGCGGAGACAGACCGAACAAAACCUCAAGAAGACGUUGGGGGAGCUCUGCUCAGACGGAGAUGUUCUUGCGGUCACGGAAGGAACAUUGGCCUCCAAUCGCUCGUUGUCGGUGAUACUGCGGUUUACCAAAUAGGUAGAGUUUUGUAUGCGUAUGCUGCUUGUUUGUUCGAUGCUGCUGUUUUUGUUUUGUGUGUGUGUGACGGGCGGCGUGCGGGGGUGGGGUAGUGGUGAGAGAGGCAGAUAGGCGUGUCCUUUUGCUGCACGUGUUGUUGGAUUUUGUGGAGUUUUUGUAUUGUUUGGGCUGACUAGUGAAGUGUAGUGCAGGGGUGGUGGGGGUGUCGAAGGGACUGACUCUGUGUGUGUUGCUUUGGUCCUGCUGUAUUUUUGAACGGGCGAAGUGCGUUGCUGUAUGCAUAUCAAUCACAUCGCAAAUGUCCCGACCACGAAUCUUAUUGUUUGUUGUUCUUUGGCCCCGUGCCAAUCGGUGCUGCUUUCAGGGUAAGGGCGGGUAUUAAGGACACCCUAUGCCCCCCCCGACUUCGGCGGCUCGUUCUCUGAGGUGACGAUGAUUCACGAUAUGGUGGAGGUAUCGGAUGAUAGAUUAUGACAUAGACUAAAAGAUCGAAAAGAAAAUUUGAAAAAAUUGAAAUAAAUGGCGAGGAUUUAUAGCCUGCGAAGUGU